AUGAAGGAGGAGUAUUCUUGGUUCGCCGACCGAAGCCUAAGUCUGGAGACAGAGUUCGAACAGACUAAACAGAACUUGGUAAACACUGAGCUCGACCUGAAGGAAGAACGUAGAAAACGGGAGAUAGAAAGUGAGAAGUGGGAGAUGGAGACCAGAGAGUUGGAGAGAGAGCUUCAGCUUUGCCAGAGUCGUCUUAAACAGAUGGGAACAGACAGAGCGAUCCAAAACAAGCCAUCCACCUGCGAAACACAGACACAGACUGUCACGAUGCAGCAGCUGGACUGGAUAGAAACAGAAAAGAUGGAAGAAGAACGUCACAGUUUGGAGAAGUCUCUGCACGACAAAGAGGUGGAGUUUGAGAGUGAGCGGAGAAAGCUCAAAGAGGAACUGGAACAAGCCCACGACAAACUGAAACAGCAGGAACUUUCACACAAGACGUUCUUACAGGAGCACCUGGAGGAACUCAGGGUUUUCAAGGAGUUCAUAAAAGAUCAAGUGGCCGUUCGUAAGAGUUUGGAGAAACAAAUAUCAGAGAUUUUAAACCAGAGCAAGCAGUCGACGAGUGAAAUGCAGACGCAAACUGUGGAGCAGACUAAGCUUAAAAUAAGUGAGGAUUUAGACAUGAGAGAAACCAGUGACGACCAACCUUUAGACAAAACUCUAGAACAAAAGCUAACUGAGAAGGAAAGUGAUCUUAAGAAGAUUGAGGUCCUCGAACUCCAACUGCAGGAGUUUGAAGACAUAAAGGAGGAGUAUGUUUGGGCUGUCAACCAAAACCAAAGUCUGGAGAUGAAGUUGGAACAGACGAAACAGAACUUGGUAAAUACUGAGCAAGACCUGAAGGAAGAACGUAGAAAACGGGAGAUAGAAAGUGAGAAGUGGGAGAUGGAGACCAGAGAGUUGGAGAGAGAGCUUCAGCUUUGCCAGAGUCGUCUUAAACAAAGAAGUGAGGAUUUAGACACCAGAGAAACCAGUGAAGACCAACCUUUAGACACCAGAGAAACCAGUGAAGACCAACCUGCUUCGAAGGAAGAAAGCAGAGGGCUCCAGGGAAAUCUAAAAAAUCUGACACGAUUAUUUGAGGAGAUAGAGGAGCAGGACAUGCAGAAGCAGGGAUCCUGUCUGAAGAGGGACGGGGUGAAGGGGAAGAACGUUGCAGCUCUCAUGAAAAUGUUUGAGCAGUAA